AUGAGCAGCCCAAAGCGGAGGAUCGAGACAGAUGUUAUGAAGUUGAUGAGUGACUACGAAGUUACUCUUGUCAAUGAUAACAUCAACCACAUGAGAGAUGUUGGCCUUGAAUUGGUAUUGACAGAUUUGACGUGCAGGCAGGAGUUCUAUGUGCGCUUCAAGGGUCCUGAAGAGACUCCGUUCGCCGGUGGCCACUGGAAAAUCCAUGUCGAACUGCCGGAUCAGUACCCUUACAAGAGCCCUAGUAUCGGCUUCGUCAACCGCAUUUUCCACCCCAACAUUGAUGAGCUCUCGGGAUCCGUCUGCUUGGACGUGAUUAACCAGACGUGGUCGCCCAUGUACGACAUGAUCAACAUCUUCGAGGUCUUCCUGCCGCAAUUGCUACGCUACCCCAAUCCUUCUGAUCCUCUCAACGGUGAGGCGGCAGCCAUGCUCAUGAGGGAGCCAAAGAGCUAUGAGUCCAAAGUGCGGGAGUACGUUGCCAAAUAUGCCACCAAGGAAGCCGUGGAUGAGGCCGGCGAAGAUAGUUCGUCUGAAGACGAGCUGAGCUCUGCCGGUAGCUACGAAUCUGACCGAGAAGAGCCUGCUGACGGAGGAGGCGACUCGCGAUUAUCAUGGGAGGGAAAGGAGUCAGGGUGGAAAGCAUCCUCCUAUGCGAUUAAGGUCAGGACGACGUUAGAAGACUUGACAGUCUUGUGCCUUGCCUGCAUUGUUCAACCCGGUAAAGGCAUGAUGGAAGAAACAGGAAAAGCAAAUGGCCAGGCUGUAGAUUAUUGUACUGUAUAUGGUACAUUGUCCGUGCAUGCAUACUCUAAACAAGAGAAGAAAAGAAAAACCAGUCAAUGGUGCGAGGUGCAAGAUGAGAAAAAAAGGAAAAGAAAGAGGGUCUUGACGGCGAAAGAGAAAAAGAAAAAAGAAGGGAAAGGUGAUGCAAACCGGGGAUGGUCUGGUGCGUUUGCGGCUGGUGUCUCGCCGCUGGGGGCUCGCAAGGAUAUGGCCGAUCCAUUACUUCGUAGCGUUGCUCGUGGCUGCAGGUGUGGUUGCGGUUGGAGAGCCCAGAUGUCGAUGACAGAGCUGAUAUGGAAAUCCAUGGUUAGUUGCGUUACGGACGAAGUAAGGUCCGGAGGCAAAGACACAAAGGAACUGUCAGAAAGAAAAAAAACCCCUGGAGAGUCGAGUCACGUUCGAGUGGUCAAUUCCAGAGGCGAGCGCAUCUCACAAAGGAGUGUGUGUGAGAUGUCGAGUGAGGCAUUAACAGCGUUGUACCGCCAUCGAUCGCUGCGGCGUUGGCAGGUGACGUUUGGAAGUGGCAGGCAAAUGGCCCGUGCACAGCCCAAAUCGAUUGAUCAUCGAUCUCGCCCAGCAACAAUCCUCGCAAGGCGCGUGUUAUCUCCGGACAAGUCAUUUACGGAGUACGGUACAUAUUAA